CUGAAGGAAAUCACCUGUCAGAGUUCUGGGCAACUUGACAGUUUAGGAGGGAUUAGAGGAAUUAUCUAGCUCAGCAACAUUUGCAACCCUUUUGCACCCCUGACUCAUUAAAAGGCUGCAAAACUCACGCUGUGUCCCAGAAUCUAGGGGUUGCAGAAGAGUUUUAGACCUUAAUCACGGGAUGAAAUGAUGCAAGUUUUGGGGAAAAUGGUGCUGGGGGCGGUUAAGCAGAGGGGCAAGGGGAGACUACCACUUAUUAUGCCAUCUUUACUUGCUUUAUCGUUGCCUCAUCCUUCUUAAUACCCCGUGGUGUUUAUCAUCAGCCUGUUUUUAUCAUACACUUGGAUUGUGAGCUGUCUGGGGGCAGGCUGUGUCCUCGUUUCCUUGUCUCUCCAGCCCCGUAGCACACUGGUGCUCUGAUGGGGGUCUCUUGACAUCAUUGUGAGGCAAAUUUGGGGUGGAGAGUGGGGAAAGGAGAGGGGCAGAGGUAAAAUAAGUCCUUGGUUGAUCUUCCCAGAGCACACCACUGAGUUACAUUGUCCUUUCUUAUAUUAGGAAAGGACAGUGCUUUUUGCUUACUACUCCACAGCUUACACUGCCCAGCAGUGUCCUCGGAUUUUUGCAUGCGGGGCUUUUAAAGUGUCUGUAAGAAAGUUUUAAAAGUUUUAAGCUGUCCCAGAAAUGCCUUAGGUUCACAAAGCUGAACUUCAGUAGUGGUAGGAGGAAAAUAAGGCUCAAGUCUAAGGCAGCAAAGGAGAACCUGGAGAUCUUUAGAGGAGAUCUGGAUCUAAAUGAAGAGUUGGGAAGGGGAGGGGGACUGCUGCAGCUGGCAGGGACCGUGGAGAAGGCUGUCGUGGAGGAGGUGGAAGAUCCAGCACUGCUUGAGCCAGCUGAGGUGGGGAGCAGAGAGGAUUGAUGUGAGGUGGUGGAUUUUCAGAAGAUAAGGAGCAGUUUUGGAUUGGGCCUUGGCAUGAAGAAAGAGCCAGUUGCCAGAGAUGUGGCAAUACGCUCAGGUAAGCAUUUGUGUGGGUGGUUUAGACAGAGAUGAUCCUGCCUUGACAACUUCCUGAAGUCCCUUCUAGCUCCAUUUUUCUAUGAGCCUUUUUCUAUGUGAGAAAGGAGGGCAGGGGCUGGAGGCCAGAUGGAGGAGCAUGGAGGAGGCCCUGGGGAAUAAAGGGUGCAAUGGUCAGGCUGGAAGAAGAUGACAAACACAGGCAAGGACUUGACAUCCCCUGGCGACAGGCAUCACAGGCUCUGCAGAGGCAUCAGGAUGUUUGCUUAAUGUUGCCGACUUUGUUGCAUGCAGAAUAAUUCAUUUCUCAGCAGGGGAAGAGUCACGACAGUGCCCAGCAGGAACAGUGUCACCAAGCAGGUUAGGUGUGGGCAGAUUGUAAGGUGUGGGAAGAGAAGGAAGACUGAGGCUCAGGGAUGACUCUCUGGGAGCCAGGUCAUGUAGCUGGCCCAAAACACAGCAGCUUGUCUCUGAGAGCUCUUCUGUCUGGUAGCUGCUGACCCAACGACGGGUCCAUUUCCAAGGCCUGCUCUUGAAAGAGCCAACAGGGCUAGGACUUAGCUUUCCAGGGGACCAUCCCUCACCGUACUCUUCACCACAUCACUCAUACGCAUCCCAUGUGGUGAGCUGGCUUGUCUCCGCAGGCUCCUACAACUGGAAACCGAGGCAAAGGGCUGUACAGGCGUUACGAUGUGUACUCUAACCCAGCGUUUGGACUGAUGUGUUGUGUAAGCAGCGUGGCUCCAAUGUAGGCAGAGAGGAGGGAAGGAUGAUCUCCUCCAUGCCCCUGCGUGUGGCCGGCAGCCUGGUGGCUUGGCUGUCCCUCUAUGCCUGGUUCUGUCACCGGUACAAGCGCCGUAGUUAUGAGUGGAGCUGUCGCCUAGUCACGCUGACCCACGGUCUCCUCGCCACCUGCCUCUCUGCCUACAUCGGUUUCAUUGAUGGCCCCUGGCCUUUGACACACCCAGGGUCACCAAAUACAACCCUCCAGGUCCAUGUGCUGUGUCUCAGCCUCGGCUACUUCCUCUUCGACCUGGGCUGGUGUGUGUACUUCCAGACGGAGGGUGCCCUCAUGUUGGCCCAUCACACGGUGAGCAUCCUGGGCAUCACCGUGUCUCUGGCGCUUGGCGAGUCGGCCACCGAGGUCAACGCUGUCAUCUUCGGCAGCGAGAUCACCAACCCGCUCUUGCAGGCCCGCUGGUUCUUGCGGGAGAUGGGCUGCUACCACAGUUUCACGGGGGAUGUGGUGGACUUCGUCUUCGUGCUCCUCUUCACGGGCGUUCGGAUCGGGGUGGGGGCCUGGAUGCUGUACUGCGAGCUCGUGUCUCCCAAGCCCCAGUGGUUCAUUAAAAUGGGAGGUGUGAUCAUGUAUGUCGUCUCCUGGAUCUUCAUGGUCAGCAUCUGCCGUUUUGCCAGGAGGAAAACCAUGAAGAAGUACCACACCUGGAGGAGCCGGAGGAGUGAAGAACUGCACUCAAAAGCCAAUGGACACCUGAAGUGCCACUAGCCAGGCACCACGG